UGUAUCCUCGGUUUUCCGAUGACCGACACGAACAGUGUGCAGUUUGAUGCGUUCAUUGGAAUACCGUACGCGAAGCCACCGGUCGGGAAAUUACGUUUCAAGAGCCCGAUACCGGUCGAUCCGUGGACGGGGGAGUACAAUGCCACCAGCAGGAAACCAUCGUGCAUGCAGAGUUCGACCGUACCAUUGCGGGAUCCAAUCAUCGGCAAUGAGGACUGCCUCUACCUGAACGUAUACCGGCCGAAGGAGAACGUCACCCAAUCCCUCCCGGUGAUGGUGUUCAUCCACGGCGGUGGGUACUUCUCCGGUUCGGCCGAUCCUCAGUUGUACGGACCCGAGCGUAUUCUGGCCACGAAACUUGUGAUCCUUGUAACGAUCCAGUAUCGGCUGGGAGUGUUUGGAUUUCUCUCUACGGGCGACGCAGCCGCACCGGGUAAUGCCGGAAUGCGUGAUCAGGUGCUGGCGCUGCGCUGGGUCCAGCGCAAUAUAGCCACGUUCGGAGGGGAUCCCCAGGCGGUAACACUGUUCGGGGAGAGUGCCGGCGGAGCUUCGGUGCAGCUGCACAUGAUGAGCCCACUCAGUCGGGGUCUUUUCCAGCGAGCCAUCCUCAUGAGUGGCAGUGCGUUGGCUGUCUGGAGCCUACCGGUGGAUGAUCCGCUAGCACUCGCCCGUCGUCACGCGAAGCUUAUUGGCGUAUCGGAGACGGACGAGCUGACAACAGCCGAACUGGUGGAUGUGCUGCAGAACAUCGACGCCAACGUACUCGUCGCCAGUGAGCAGGCUUUGGGGACCUGGUUCGAUCACCCGAUCGUCAUCUAUCGGCCUACGAUCGAGAGUGCGGCUGUGCCCGUGGAGGACCGUUUUCUGACGGACGAUCCUGGCAAGCAGUGGACCGAAGGGCGCUUUAUGAACAUUCCUAUUCUGCUCGGCACCGUACCGAACGAGGGCGCCGUUGUAUCCCUACCCAUUCUGCACAACCAAACGAUUAUGGACCAGUUCAACGAGAAUCUGGUCGAGCUGCUUCCGGUCGUACUUGCCCUCAAUGCGUCAUCAGCGGAUUUGGGACGGCUAAAAGAGCGAUACUUUCCAAAUGCGCCCUCUGAUCGGUGGGUGAGCGAGGAAAGCGCGGACAAUUUUACAGAGAUGGUCUCCGAUGCACUGAUUAAAUAUCCCACAUUGAAGACGCUCCAAGAGUACCUCAGCCAUCCCGCGGAAACCUGCCGUGAGACGACACUGUACUCGUUCGAAUUCGUUGGUCGUCACUCGUUUUCCUCGAUCUACGUACCGUCGGACGACAAGUACGGGGUGUGCCAUCAGGACGAACUGCUGUACCUGUUCCGCAUGCCAGACCUCUUUCCGGAUUUCCCCUCCGAGUCACCGGAAACCGAAAUUGCUACCGUGUGGACUAGUAGUUUGUUUCUAGUCAAUUUUGCUGUUCAAGGAGCGACACCACCAAAUUGUGGAGAACAAGUGGAAACGGUGAAAUUUGAGAACGCACCUCCAGGAAACGCUACCGAGUCGAAAGUAUCGAUAUCGAGAGAAAGUGGAUUAAGUCACAAACUUCAGGAAAUGGUUCAGUUCUGGACUACAAUCUAUCGAUCAUCUUAUGUUGCCUAUCAUUGA